AUUUCUCUUUAAUAAAUAAGUAUUAGUGGGUCGUUGUUGGCCCUCCUAUUGAACAAUUCCUUCACUUAACCCCGGAGCAUUCAAAUCGACAGUAACCAUGCGGAGCUUGUGGCUAAAUACGUUGACCAAGCAAAGUCUAUAUCGGUUGAGUACCAAACGGUACUCCACCAACACUGAGCCAAAGGAGCCCUUGGUAAAAACUAAAUCGAUACCUGGCCCCAAAUCACUUGAGCUUAAAAAGCAACUGGAUUCUGUUCAGGCCACCGGAACCAUCCAAUUCUUUGCUGAUUACGAAAAGUCAAUUGGAAAUUACAUCUCCGACGUUGAUGGAAAUGUAUUACUAGAUGUCUACACACAAAUUUCCUCGGUUCCAUUGGGUUACAAUCAUCCCAGAUUAUUCAAAGUCUUUAACAACGAGCAAAACCUGAAAACUUUGAUCAACAGACCUGCACUUGGUGUCUUCCCUGGCAAAGAAUGGCCAGAAAAACUACAUUCAGUUCUGUUGAACAUUGCACCGAAAGGACUUAACAAAAUCACAACGAUGAUGUGUGGUUCGUGCUCAAAUGAAAAUGCAUACAAGAGCAUCUUUAUCUGGUACCAAAACAAACUUCGCGGCAAUGCACCCCUUACCGAGCAGGAGAAAAACUCUUGCAUGAUUAACAUUCCGCCAGGAGCUCCAAAACUAAGUAUUCUCUCAUUCAAGGGAGCAUUCCAUGGACGCACUCUAGGCGCUCUAUCUACCACACAUUCUAAGUACAUUCAUAAGCUGGAUGUUCCUUCCUUUGAUUGGCCAAUUGCCUCGUUUCCCGAAUACAAAUAUCCUUUGGACGAAAACGUUGCUCACAACAAGAAGGAGGAUGAAAAAUGCCUUAGCGAAGUACAGGAUCUGAUUCAGCAAUAUGCCAGCAAGAAUCCUGUCGCCGGAAUUGUCGUAGAGCCCAUUCAAAGCGAGGGAGGUGACAACGAAGCAUCGCCUGAGUUCUUCAGGAGUCUGCAGGCAAUUUGCAAGAAGAAUGGUAUCGCUCUCUUGAUCGAUGAAGUACAAACCGGUGGAGGUAGCACCGGAAAGUUCUGGGCUCAUGAGCACUUCGAAUUGGAGAGUCCACCAGAUGUUGUUACCUUCAGUAAGAAGCUACAGUUGGGGGGCUAUUUCCACAACGAUGACUUCAUUCCGAAUGAACCGUACAGAAUCUUCAACACCUGGAUGGGUGAUCCAGGAAAGGUCCUUCUUUUGGAGGAAGUGGUUAAGGUGAUUCAGGAAGAAAACCUCUUGGCUAAUGUCGAUGUGGCUGGUAAGGUUUUGAAGAAUGGAUUGUUGAGUCUUGAGAAGGAAUUCCCGCAUAUCUUGAACUCCACACGUGGCCGUGGAACAUUUUUGGCCAUUAACUGUACUAACACCAAGGUGCGAGAUCAAAUAAUUGGCGCCCUGAAGUUGAACGGCAUUCAAACGGGGGGAUGUGGAGAGAUUUCCAUUCGAUUCCGCCCAGCUUUGAUAUUUAAGGAAUAUCAUGCAAACAUUGUCCUAGAUCGCUUCCGCAAGGUUCUUCAAGCUAUUUAAGAACAAAAAAAAAAAUAAAAAGAAAAAUGAUAGUGCUCUGAAAAUUGCUAGUGCAUGCAAUAUAUGUUAUCAAAAUGAAUAAUAAAGUGAAUUUAUUUUAUCCCUCUGUUAA